GUACCAGUGUCAUAACGCCUGGAUUGGUAUAUUACAGUGUUGUAGCAAUAAAGAGCCAAUCAACACCUAGGGGAGUGCUCAGGGGCAGUCAUGGCCCGCAGAUAUGACUCUAGGACAACAAUUUUCAGCCCGGAAGGCCGUCUUUACCAGGUGGAAUAUGCGAUGGAAGCCAUCUCCAACGCAGGAGCGGCACUUGGUGUCCUUGCUGUUGAUGGAGUUGUCCUUGCAGCAGAGAAGCGCAUCACGUCCAAGCUUCUGGACACAAAUGCAGUAGGAGUGAGGAGGGAGAAGAUGUACAAGCUGGCAGAUCAUGUGGCGUGCGCGGUAGCUGGCAUCACAGCUGACGCCAACAUCCUCAUAAACAAGUGCCGGCUAGCGGCGCAGCAGUACGAGUUUGCCUACCAGGAGCCCAUCCCAGUCGAGCAGCUGGUGCGGUCGUUGUGCGACAACAAGCAGGGGUACACCCAGUUUGGCGGCCUGCGACCGUUUGGCGUCUCCUUGCUCUACGGCGGCUGGGAUGAGGACAGGGGGUUCCAGCUGUACCAGAGCGAUCCCAGCGGCAACUAUGGUGGCUGGAAGGCCACAGCCAUUGGCGCCAACAAGCAGGCGGCCCAGAACCUCCUCAAGCAGGACUACACCGAUGAGAUCACCCUGGACAUGGCCAUCAAGCUCGUAACCAAGAUCCUGAGCAAAACCAUGGACAGCACAUCGCUGUCCCCGGAGAAGGUCGAGCUUGCCACCAUCUCAAAGAACGCAGCUGGCGAGGUGGUGUACCGGGUCUAUGAGGAUGCCGACCUGCAACCGCUGCUGGAUGCAGUGAACGAGGAGACGCAGAAAGAGAAGGACGCUGAAUCCUGAGCUCUCUCAGGCUGGUAGCAGCCACUGGAGCAGGACCCUGCUGAGAACUAUGCAUGCGUUGCUGUCACUCAUGCAGUGUGGCUGGCGCAUAGCUAGCGCAUGUGUACACUGCAAACUUGUCUCUGAACUGCAGUGCAGCCACCGCAGCAGUGCUCACAGAUCUGCAGAACUCUGAGGAUAUCGCUGAUCUGGCAGAGCCUCUGAGCUCCUGCGGCCUUGAAUAAUUGCCAAGCCUGUAACAGAACGGUUCCUAGGCC